AGAGAGAGAGGGAGACAGAGAGGGAGAGAGAGAGAGAGAGAGAGAGAGAGAGAAAGAGAGAAAGAGAGAGAGAGAAGACGGGUCCGCUUUAUUUAUCUAUCGAUUGCUUGCGUUUUAAUUAGUGGCCUGUGACUGCGAGUGAAGGGGGGAGGAAGGAGGAGCACAGCGCCAGCCUUACCUUAGUGACACACUUAUUGAAUGUGUUAGGGAUUAAAUUAUAGAUUUUUAUAUCCGAUCAUGCUCCUCGGCGUAUGUUUGUGAGGGCGAUACGCAAACCAAACCAAAAAAAAGCCAAAUGUUUCUGCUUAAACGGGUUACGAUCCCGAUGCUUUUGUAGCGAGCGAGCCGGGUAGUUUUCAGGCGGAUGGAGGGACGAGUGUGUGCCUGAGAUUUUUUUUCUUUUAGACACGAAACCAAAGCAAAAGGCCACAGCGGCGUAUUUUUCCUCAGUCUGAAUGAGAUUUGAGAAGACUGGAAAAGUGACUCCGAGUGACGGCGUGUGUGUGUUUAAAGUUAAAGUGUACGAGCCGCGGCCCGGUUACUGCGACCACAGUUUAAACGUAGCGCAGGAAGAAGAGUGAAGCAGAUCCAUUACAAAAAAACAACAACGCGCUGCUUUAUUUAUUAAAGAGCUGCUUCCUGACCAUCCGUGUGCGAGUCCGAGCAUCAGGUUUAAAACAAGAAAAUAAAAACAGCAGCAAAGGAGCCGUAACAAUGACAGAAAGGCGCAACACCAAAAACAGAAAGCUCGCAUAGACUUCCACACACAGCUCGCGCGCAUCCAUCCACACACCAGCUUCCUCCUCCAGUUCUGCACACUGACGAGAGCGUUUCCACCAGUCUACCUGAAAACUAGACGAAAUCAAAGACGAAGAAGAAGAAGAAUAGAGCAACCGAGGACGAGCGCCUAUAGAACCACCCACCCCACAAAAAGCCAGACGACAGCGGAUCAUGUUUGUUCCCUUGCCGGUGCCGUUGGUUUUUCAGAGAAGCUCUCGCGACUUCGGCGCCUGGCGCCUCAAGGCUCCGCUGCCUCUGCGCUCCAGCUCCGAUAUCAAGAUGUCUAAAGCAGUUGAGGAUGAGAAGACUGGGGCUGACUUUCCUGCAGACAGCACAGACUCAGAGAGGAACAGUCCUGAGGCUAGCGAUCAGACCCAGCCGAUGAAAACGAGUCCAUUCUGCCUCUCUCCGACCCCAAGCCACACAAAGGUUAAAACAGAAGAACCACCCGAGAUGCCCAGUUCUCAUGCUCCACCUCCUCCCCCUGCUCAGCCCACCCUACCACACACACAGCUCAUGCUGGCUGGUAGUCAGCUUGCUGGGCUGGCAGCUCUCCUCCCAGCACAGCAACAGCUUUUGCUCCAGCAAGCCCAGGCACAGCUCCUGGCUGCUGCUGUCCAGCAGUCCAGCGCGGCACAUGCUGCCCACGCUGCCCAUGCUGCCGCUGCUGCCAAUCAGCAGCAGCAGGCCCAGCAGCAGCAAGUCAGCCAGGCCCCAGUGCAGGUCCAGCAGCAAACCAAACCUGAACAAAGUCCCACUCAAGCCCCACCCCCGCUUGCCCUCUCGCAGCCAAUCCAGCUCACUGCCCAGGACAUUCAACAAUUGUUACAGCUGCAGCAAUUGGUGCUGAUGCCAGGUCACCCUCUGCAGUCUCCCACCCAGUUCCUUUUACCCCAGGCUCAACAGAGUCAGCAGGGUCUACUUUCAACACCAAAUCUGAUUCCACUACCUCAGCAAAGUCCAGGGGCCCUUCUGACCACCCCACCCAGACUGAGCAUGCAGACACAGCGCCGUCAUGACGACAGGCUGUGGUCGUUACAGAGGGAGAAGAGCGUUGAGAGUGCCGUAAGCUCAACCCCCUCGGCAGCUUCGCCCAUGAGCUCAGUUGCUGCAGUGACCCCACACGCCGAAGAGCCCAAUGACCUGGAGGAGCUGGAGCAGUUCGCUCGCACCUUCAAACAAAGGAGGAUUAAACUGGGCUUCACACAGGGUGAUGUGGGGAUGGCUAUGGGGAAGCUGUAUGGCAAUGACUUUAGUCAAACCACCAUCUCUCGUUUUGAGGCACUCAACCUCAGCUUCAAGAACAUGUGCAAGCUUAAACCACUGCUGGAGAAAUGGUUGAGUGAUGCAGAAACCAUGGCGAUAGAUAACAUGCUGCCCAGUCCCAGCUCCUUGUCUUCUCCAAUGCUGGGCUUCGAGGGGUUGCCUGGAAGACGCAGGAAGAAACGCACCAGCAUCGAAACAAAUGUCCGAGUGGCCCUGGAGCGCAACUUUAUGACGAACCAGAAGCCUACCUCAGAGGAGAUCCUUCUGAUGGCUGAGCAGCUCAACAUGGAGAAGGAGGUGAUCCGCGUGUGGUUCUGCAACCGCCGGCAGAAAGAGAAACGCAUCAACCCCUCCAGCGCCACCCCUCCCCUGCCCAGCCAGCCCCCCCCCGCGACGCACAAACCCCCCUGCUACAGCCCACAGAUGAUGUCCAGUCAGGGACUAGCUCAGGCUGCCACCAGCCUUAGUGCUACAGCAGUCAGUCCCACCUCCUCUGUGGCUUGCCCUCCUAACCCAACAGGCCAUGCAGCGAUGAGCUCUGCUCAACCUUCAGUGACUCCGCCUCCUCUCAGCACAGCAAGCCCUGCCCCACCCAAUUUGAGCAGCCCUGGUCUCAACACAGGGAACACAAUGAUGGGUGUAAGCACAGGCAUGAACCAGGCUCUCAUCAGCAGCAACCCCUUGGCUACCAUGCAAGCUCUGGCUGCCAGUGGUGGCCAGAUGUCCAUUACAGCUCUUGAGGGCAGUGGUCAGAUGUUCCUCGGUGGAGCUGGAGGUCCGGGGGCCGGACUGCGUCCCUCCCUCUUCCUUAACCGCCCCACCCUGUUGCCCAUGGCAGCAGGCGCCAGCUUGGGAUUGGUCAGUGCUGCCAGGGCAUCUCCUCCUCCUAGUGCCAGCCGCAUGAGCCCUGACUCAUGCUCUGCUUCUCCAUGCUCAAGUCCCACCUCAUUCUGUUCUUUUAGCGAAGCCUCUCCCCCGCCUCUGGGCGGGGCAAUGGCCGAGUGACACCCACGGUGAUCUGUCGUCUCGCUUGUGGGAGAGGAGACAGUGGAGCAGUCGGACCGUGAAAAAAACCUCGCCUUUUCAACCAAAGCCAUCUCUCACUCCCUCCAUUACUCUCCUUCACUCCCUCUCUCACUGAGUCUUUUAAUGCCAAAAAUACACAGACUGAAAGAGGGAGGGAUGAGUGUGAGAGAACGGGGGAGGCGGAGAGAACAGGAGAAUGGAGGAUGUUUAAACCAAAAAAAAAUUGAUCUCUAUUCAUUUGGAGAGGUGGCAUCACAGAGUUUCCUUUUUGGCCAUUAAUGAACAUGUACAUGAACUCCCUUCUAAUCAAAAAAGAGACUUCUUUGAAUGGAUGAAACUGAGGGCAGGGAUGAGAUCCAAAAAGAUGACUGUGUUUAGAAAAAUGGGUGGCAAAGAAAAAAAAGGAAAGAAAGGACAUUUGACAUGUGUCAAUGGAUGGAAGGGAAGAGUUUAAACCAAAAAAAAAAAGUAAGAACGAUGAAAGUGGAAAGAAAAGACACAAAAAGACAAA